AAAGAUAUAUAUAAUAAGAAUAGAGUUGAGAAAACUUUCGUCUUUUGAUAACUCACAAUUUUUUGAGUGUUUCGAAAAAUUGUAAGUUAAAUAUUAGGGUAAGGGUUUACUCAAAAUUCUGAAAAUUAAAAAUUUUAUUUAAACCCUCUUACUUCCUUCAAUUGCAAACAUACGAAUAAUCGCAUGAUUCAAAGUCGAAUAUUAGAAGACGCUCAUUUUAUCGAAGAUGGACCUUUGGGUCUAUUUAUAUGGAUCACUCAGUACGUUCCGAUACUUCCGAUUUCCAACCAAUCAGAGUAAAUUGAUCUACCUGUUCGUCGGAGUCACGUCCAUUCGAAUGUAAGUAAGGAGUGUAAAAUUUAUUAUAAAUAAUUUUCUGAACAAUUUCGCCAUAAAAUUGGAGCUCGAACGACAUUGAUUACGUGUACUUUAAAUCGGAACUUUGUCUUGUUAUUUCUUAUCAAAAUAAGUUCUUCCGAUAAUUUUCCGAUACAUUUAGUAUUUUAGUUUUAGGUACGAUGCACAAAUGUCGAUGCAGUCGACCUAAAAAUCUUUUAACCGGAAGUGGAAAUCCUUUGUGGAGCGCCUAUAAUUCUUAAAUAAUGAUUAUCAUAAAUUUCAGCUGUUAAGUUGUAUACCGCGCCUCUCCAUUGAUUUACGUAUUUAAUACAAAUUGCGGAGUUAGUUUAUUUACUUUUGGAUCCGAGAGUACGAAUCCGAAGGACAAAUUCGCUCUUCAUUUGACUUUCGUUCACCAUUCGUUUUGCCAGUACACGUUACUUAUCUAUAUAAUGUGAACAACAUCGAAUCAUCCAGAACGUACAGGAUUCCCCUGGGACCUGGACAGAGAUCAGUUGAGAUUCUUCAGAUGUUCUACUUACCGUCAGGCCUCUACUCUUCGAUUUCAACAGUCAAAGAAUAUUUUCAAUAUUCGUGUAAAAAAAAUAAUACAGCACAAAACAGCGACGCGGUGUCUUUCGAUUUCAUACGAAUAAACGGAGGAAUAUUGAAGAGGAAACUUGGAGUAAUCGAGAUUGCAUCAUUUCCCGACAUUGUGUUGUCAGCAGUAAGAAAACCAAGUUACACGAUGGCCAAAUCCGAUAUUAACUUGUUACAAGAGCUGUUAAUAAAGGAAGGAAGUCUGCCCGUUUACUACUUUACGGAGAACAGUAUUGAUGCGAUCCACAAGCAAUUUAUAUGUAAUGUGGUUUGCAAGCAAUUGACAACUUACGGUACAGGGAGCUGCAAAAAGGAGGCCAAGCAUAAUGCCGCGAGGAACAUGCUCGCAAAGUUGUCCGCAAAUAAUAUAAUUUCAUUGCCAACAGAUUAUACUCUAUCUCCAGCUGCAAACGGACUGCAAAGCCCUGCGAAGGCAUCUCCAUCCCCUAAGCAGUCCACUCCUGAACGUAAUUACAUUGGAAUGUUGAACGAGUACUGCCAGCAAAAAAAGAUAUCAACGAAAAACAUUCAGUACGAACUUGUCUACGAUGACGGGCUACCUCAUCUGAAAACAUUCACGAUGGAGGUCAUCAUAGGAUCGGUGCGCGAGAGGGGCAUAGGGAACUGCAAGAAGUCAGCCAAGCAGGAAGCUGCGAGAAAAUUGUUGCUGCGUCUGAAUCCAAGUGCACUCAGCUCAAACGCAGGCAAUGAAAUGAACGUACCGCUUAACGCGAAUAAGAUCGGCGCGCCUAACAAGGAAACGCUUGAGAACGAUAUACGAGAAUUGGGUAUAGGAAUAUUAGAGUACGACAUUAACAAGGAAACCUUACCGGUGGCGGAGUUGUCGGAGAAAGCGAUGUCAUGCUUCCUCGAAAGCUUCAGUCAAAGGUACAACACGGACAAGCGGGACAUCAAUCCCUCCUCGAUCAAGGAUUUUCAUAUUUUGUUCGAGAGAAAUUACUCCAAUAACAUUACAUACUAUGUGAAGCAGAAAAUGCUGCGAAUUAUAAGGGACAAGUGCAUCAAUGAUAUGGACUUGAUGUACGAGAUUAGGCGGGAUAUCGAAAGUAUGUUAAAGGUUAAGAUACAACAGAUCACUGUAAACAGCGCGCCGACGAGCUACAUGGUUUGUUUACGCCUGCUGUCCGUCCCUCGUGUCACGCAAUUCGGCACAGCUGACACCAAAAUUGUAGCCGAGUAUCGUGCCACGUAUAACCUCGUGAUGGCUAUCUCGGUAUUUCUCAAUCUUGCUUCGCAGUUCUGAUAUAAGACUGAUUUUUCAAAAACCAAUA